UCCUCCUACUACACGACCAAAACUAUGCCAUUACAGGCAAGACCUAAAGUUUGAAGAAGCACAGCGCACCAAAACCUAGGUAGAGAGAAUCAACUAGUGUACUACAGUACUAGCUAGCUCCUCUCAGGUCCUAACACAAGAUAGAGACAAAAAAAAAAACGCCACAAAUCACAAAACACAAAAAAAAUCAGUUUUUUCUUGAAGAUGCCGAGGCCCGGCCCUAGACCUUACGAGUGCAUGAGGCGAGCUUGGCACAGCGAGCGGCACCAACCCAUGAGAGGUUCCAUCAUUCGGCAAAUUUUCAGGGUCGUCGCGGAGGCUCACUCCGCGGCUACUAAGAGCAACAAGGAGUGGCAAGAGAAGCUCCCCAUAGUUGUCCUCAGAGCCGAGGAAAUCAUCUACUCCAAAGCCAAUUCCGAGGCAGAGUACCUCAACCCCGACACGCUCUUGGACCGACUCAAUGAUGCCAUCAACACCAUCAUACGCAGAGACGAAACCACCGAGACCGGUCAGCUUUUGCCGCCAUGCGUUGAAGCUGCACUUAAUAUUGGUUGCAAGCCAGUGAGAACAUCAAGAAGUGAUAGGCAUAACCCCAGGGCUUACCUUACCUCCAGACAUCAACUACAUCCUUGUUCUAUUUCUCCCAAAACUGUUGCCAACAAUGCUUUAAACUUUCUUCCAGUGUCGGAUUCUGAUGAUCACACCAACAAAAAUAACUAUUCCUCAUUAGACACUUUGGCUUCUGUUGUUCUUCAUCACCAACCCUUGGCAGUGGAAACUAACCCCUCAUUGAGCCUGGGUUCGGUUUACCCAUUAUAUUAUGGUUUUGAAGUCAAAGAGCCUCAACUAAGGACCAGCAUCCGAAGAAGUACUUGUUCGGAUACAAUAUUUGUUGGAAGACCGGUUAUUAGUCCAGCCUUGGAGCCAUGUAGAAUGGAUCUAUUAGAAAACUUGUCCUGUGGUAGAGUCUAUCAUGCUCCAAAAAGAAUUAUGAAAGAAAAUGCUGUAAGCGUUGCAGGUGAGUCGCAAGAUGGGGAAUGUGAUUUGUCUUUGAGGUUGGGUAUAUGUUUAAAGAGCAACAAAGCAAGUUCAGCAUAUGGAUCAGAAGAUAUUGGGUUAAGAGUGUCUGAAGAGGGCAGGAAAUUUGGCCAUUCGUCUCGACAGAAAAAUGAAGGGUACUGUUUUUACCCUAGAGGAACAGGUUAUGGUUCCAUUUAGUGCAUGUUUGGGAACCAGAUGUUUUUGGGAAGUGAUCGUUUUUUAAGUUCUCAAUAAAAAUAAUACAAAUAAAUGAUUAUUUCUUCAAAAUAAGCUGAACCUAACAUGCAAUUAUUCCAUGAUGUUGAAGAUGAUCAAAAUGCUGGCAACUUUUCAGAAGUACAGUGUGCUUCUAGGUAGCUAGGUGGAUGGGCAAUUUUGAUGGCCAUGACGGUUCUGCCCAUUCUGUUUACUGGUAGAAUUACUGGGUCAGGUUUGUAGUUUGUCUUUCAUGUUGUAGCAUAUUUGCAUUUGCAAUUGAAGUUGGUCCAUGAUGUUUCAUCCUCUCAUGUGGAUUCUUUGUUUGUAGCUAUGCUUGUAAAAAUUUAGGUGGUGCCAUUGAGUUGCUCUUUGCUUGGCUGCAAAAUUGAGCUGUAUAUAAAAUCUUAGCUUGCUUUGUUUUGUUUCUACUUGGCUCAGAAUAGAUCAAAUUGGAGAAAGAGAAAUGAAACAAAUGUCUUGAAUGAA